AUGUCCAGCUUGGAAAACAUCUCCCAAGAGGGCAUCCAGUGUCUUGCCUUCGCUGACAGUUACACAAAAAAGUCAGACCCCACGAGCUUAUUGCCAACUCUGUGGAUCGGCACAACAUUGGGCUCAGUCUUAACAAUGAUGAUCAACCUUCCUGAAGCUGAUCUCAGACACACACAACCUGUAGUUAUUACCACAAGCGGUGGACCUAUCUUAAGGCUUAAGGGUUCAAUAUUAACGAUGUCUUUCUUGGAUUGUAAUGGUGCUUUAAUCCCCUAUUCAUAUGAAAGUUGGAAGGAUGACAGUAAAGAGGGUCGGGAGGGGCGGGAGGGGAGGGAGAAGCGGGAACGCACUCCCACCAAGCAGGGCUCGGGCAGCCGUACCAGCCCCGUGCCCGCGGCGGACGGCGACCGCCAGUUCGUGGUGCUGGCCUCCGAGAAGCAGGCGCGAGUCGUGGCGCUGCCCAGCCAGAACUGCGUCUACCGCCAGCAAAUCGUCGACACUGACUUCGUGGUCAAAUCUGAGACUGUCAGUCUCAAAGAUAGCGUCUGCUUAGUGAAUUACCUUUCAACGGGACACCUGGUGGCGUACAGCCUGCCCUCUCUUCGACCGCUUGUAGACGUGGACUUCUUACCACUCACCGAACUCAGGAUAGCGAAGACAUUCUGCUUCAGCAACCGCGGGCACGGGCUGUACCUCGCCUCGCCCACUGAGAUACAGAAGUUUACAAUCGACGCUGAAUUCUGUCAGCAGCUUAAUGAGAUGCUGGGAGAGCUGUUUCUCCCGCGGGAUAUGCCUGAACCACCGAAAGAGAGCUUCUUUAAAGGGCUGUUCGGUGGUGGUGCCCGGCCGUUGGAUCGUGAAGAGCUUUUCGGCGAGAGCAGCGGCAAGCCGAACCGCGCGGUGGCGCGGGCGGCGGGCGGCGUGGGGGAGGCGGGCGCGCGGGUCUCCGCGGUGGCGGGCGAGGUGGCGCGCGCGCACCAGGCGGUGCUGGAGCGCGGCGACAAGCUGUCGCAGCUGGAGGACCGCACCGAGCGCAUGCACUCGCACGCCGCCGAGUUCUCCUCCUCCGCGCACCACCUCAUGCUCAAGUACAAGGACAAGAAGUGGUACCAGCUGUGA